AUGAGCCAUCAUCGCCCUCUCUUUUUGAAUCAUCCUUCUUUUGCCGUGUUGGUUGCACUUGUGAUGACCAUCAUAGCGAUCGCCACAACAACAGCACUCGGAAAGGAUGUAAAUAUUUUGCGCGGAAUGAAACUUGUCCCAUUAAAGCCUUCAGCUGCUGGAUUUUUGAGUAUCUCGUAUUUGAAUCAAGUGAUCAAGAAGGACAAGGCUGAAUUGGAAGAAUUUAUUCUCAAGACACCAAUUCCUAAUUUUAACGUGACACAAUCUGUUUCACUGAUUGGAGAUGUUGACGUUUAUUUGACAGAAACAUCGAUCAAGAAAAUUGACUUGGGAGAACAAAUUCAAGCAACAUUGGAUCCAAAUCUCGACGCUUUUUAUAUUGCUGUCUCACAGGCUAGUAUCACAUUGUCCACAAAAUAUCUUUACAAACAGAAAUCAUUUCCAUAUAUGAGCGGCUCCGGUGUUGCCAAUGUCAAUACAGAGAGCGUUUAUGGAGGAAUAAGAGUUGUUUUUAAAUUAACAAGCGAUGAAAAGCCUCAAUUUGUGUCGACUAUUGGAUUAGAAUUAUAUAACAUGAAAAUUCAUAUUACUGAUGGAGGUAUUCAGGGAUGGUUUAUCAACCUGAUGGAGUCUCUUUUUGCAAACACAGUCAACAAGAUGAUUGCUAAAGCUAUCACUUCAACAAUUGAGGAAAAGGUUCAAUCCAUGAACAAUUAUAUUGCUCAACAACCAUUCAUUGUUCCUGUGACGUUUGGUGACAAGCAAUUAAUGAUUGACUUUGGUUUUGACACUUUUGAAACGGUUGAUUACUUGACGAUUGGAGCAUCCUCACAAGUGAGAUUUUUCUCUCAGAGCCUUGGCGAGAAAUUACCAUUCGAUCCUGUCGAUUUGCCAACCUCAGUUCAAAUGUCAGAUUUACUCCAAAUUUAUUUGACUGACUUUAUUCCAAAGAGUUUUUUAUAUAGCCUGUACCAAUCAAAUCAAUUGAGCUAUCUUGUUACACCAGAUAUGGUACCUCCAACUGAAAUGAUUCAACUGAAUACUACAAGCUUGAAGAUUUAUCUUCCUCAACUUUACGAAAAGUAUCCAAACAAAUUAGUUCAAAUUCUUCUCUCCAGUAGCCCAGCCACUUCUCCUUGUCCUCAGUUUAACAUUUCCCAAACUGGUAUGAACGCAAACUUUAAGGGAGAACUGCUUUUCCAAGUUAUCAACUCACCAAACAAUAUUGUAAACGCCUUCUCCUUGAAUGUGGAUGCUGGCUUUUCUUUGGACAAAAUUGAUGUUAAAAACAAUGCCACAACGGUAAACUUGACUGCUGUCAUUGACAACCCAGCAGUUAAUCUAACCUUAAGACAAAGUUGGAUUGGAGACAUGGACAUUAAGAACUUUGCCUUCAUUGUUAAUAUUGUUGUUACACGUGGUGUUGUUCGUCAAUUGAAUCAACAACUUGCGGAAGGUGUUCCUUUAUUCAAUUUGGAAUACUAUCUUCCUGGUCUGGUCAUUGACGAUGCUUCCUUGCGUCUUUUCAAUGGAUAUAUGGGCGUUGCUGUGACUGGUGAGUACAAGCCCAUCACGAAAGGAAAGGUCAGCAAAGGAAACCUCAAAUUGAAUUAA